CAGGGUCCUAGUCAUUCUACUUCUUUUCUUCGUCUUUGGCAUCUCUGUUGUCUGCUCCCCAGCAACCAUGUCGGAGACAGCUCCUGUCGCUCAGGCGGCUGCUUCUGCUGCCCCCGAAAAGCCUGCUGCUCCCAAGAAGACCAAGAAGCCCGCGAAAGCUGCCGCUCCUCGGAAGAAGCCUGCGGGACCUUCCGUGUCCGAGCUCAUCGUGCAGGCGGUCUCCACUUCCAAGGAGCGCAGCGGCGUGUCCCUGGCGGCGCUCAAGAAGUCGCUGGCCGCGGCGGGCUACGAUGUGGAGAAGAACAACAGCCGCAUCAAACUGGGGCUGAAGAGCCUGGUGAAUAAGGGGACCCUGGUGCAGACCAAGGGCACCGGCGCUGCGGGCUCCUUCAAGCUGAACAAAAAGGCCGAGCCCAAAGCCAGCACCACCAAGGUGUCGGUGAAGGCGAAAGCACCUGGUGCUGCUAAGAAACCCAAGAAGACUGCUGGGGCUGCCGCGGCUAAGAAGACUGUCAAGACUCCGAAGAAGCCCAAGAAGCCUGCAGUUUCCAAGAAGGCUUCCAAAAGCCCAAAGAAGCCGAAAGUGGUGAAGGCCAAGAAGGUAGCCAAGAGUCCUGCCAAGGCGAAGGCAGUGAAGCCCAAGGCAUCCAAGACAAAGGUGACGAAGCCAAAGACCCCAGCUAAACCCAAGAAGGCAGCGCCCAAGAAAAAGUGAACGGUUGGAGGCUUCUCAAUUAACCCAACGGCUCUUUUCAGAGCCAC